GCGCACUUUCUACAACUUGUUAUUGAUAACUGUUAAAAAUCACUGGUAUUUCGGUAAAACAACUAGAUUCUAGGGCUACAAACUUUGCUGCUAGAAAAAACAUAACGGUAAAAAUAAAAAAUAAACCAAGGCAAUUUGAUUAUGAAAAUAAAGUGUAUUCGUGUUAUUUAUAAGAAAUAUCUGUAGAUAGUCAUGUUAAAGGAUAAAGGGCAAGUCACGUUUGAGGAUAAAUGGCCCUCGAUGCGUCCAAUAGUCCUGAAGUUGCUGAAACAGGAGCCGGUAACGCAAGUAGAAUGGCAAGAUCUGUUUGUUGCCGUACAUUCUGUUUGUCUUUGGGACGAAAGAGGACCUUACAAAUUGCGAGAUGCUCUCCAGCAGGAUAUAAUGAUGUACAUAAAACAAGCCCAAGCACGCGUUUUAGCUCAGCGGGAGGAUCAGGCACUUUUGAAAGCAUACAUUGCUGAAUGGGGCAAGUUCUUCACGCAAUGCAACUAUCUUCCUACGCCGUUCCGCCAGUUAGAGAAUUCCAUAAAUAAUAUUAGCAAGGUGACCAGCUCCAACACGUCAAAUUCACAGAAAAAAAAUAACAAUAAUAAUAUAGAGGACAGUUUAGUACGCAAGUUGAUGUUGGAUUCUUGGAAUCAGAGUAUAUUUAUGGAUAUAAAACAAAGACUACAAGAUUCUGCUAUGAAACUAGUGCAGGCAGAACGCAAUGGAGAAUCUUUUGACUCACAGCUUGUUAUUGGUGUAAGGGAGUCAUAUGUAAACCUGUGUUCAAAUUCAAUUGACAAGUUACAAAUCUAUAGAGAUAAUUUUGAAGCAGCUUAUAUGCAAGCUACUGAAGAGUUUUACAAAUUAAAAGCUAAUGAACAUUUGCUGGCAAAUGGAGUGCAGUCUUACAUGAAGUAUGCUGAUCAAAGGUUGAAGGAGGAGGAGGCCAGAGCGCACCGGUAUCUGGAGCCAGGCAGUGGCAGUGUGGCAGCACUCACACAGUGCUGUGAAAAAGUGUUGAUUGGAGAACAUCUGCCCACUUUAUUAGCCGAAAGUGCACCACUCAUCAAAGCAGGGGAGACUGAAAAGCUACAGCUUAUGUUUCGUUUAUUAGACAGAGUACCUGAAGGAGUUACACCAAUCCUUAGAGAUUUAGAAGCACACAUAGUCUCAGCAGGGUUAGCUGAUAUGGUGGCUUCAGCUGAUAUUAUUACCACUGAUUCUGAAAAAUAUGUUGAACGCUUGUUAGAUUUAUUUAAAAGAUUCAGUACAUUAGUCAAAGAUGCUUUUAUGGAUGAUCCUCGGUUUUUAACAGCAAGGGACAAGGCAUACAAGUGUGUUGUAAAUGAUACUACUGUGUUUAAAUUGGAAUUACCAUCAUCAGCUCUCUUGCGUGGCACCAAAGGUACUGCUCCAGAGAGCAAGUGUCCUGAACUCCUUGCUAAUUAUUGUGAUAUGUUGUUACGAAAAACACCAUUAAGUAAGCGUUUAACCACAGAGCAAAUAGAAUUUAGACUUAGGGAUGUUUUGCUUGUUUUGAAAUAUAUUGAAAAUAAAGAUGUAUUUAUGAGGUAUCAUAAGGCACACUUAACAAGGAGAUUGAUAUUAGACUCAAGUGCAGAUUCCGAAAAAGAAGAAGAUAUGGUAGAGUGGCUUCGAGAAGUGGGUAUGCCUGCUGAUUAUGUAAAUAAACUGGCUCGUAUGUUCCAGGACAUCAAAGUUAGUGAAGAUCUGAAUACACAAUUUAGAGGUGAAACAACUCGCCAUGAUGCUAUAAAUAUUAAGAUACUAAAUGCUGGUGCAUGGGCCCGUGGAUCUGAAAGAGUAACAGUAAGUCUUCCCUUAGAGUUAGAGGAUUACAUACCAGAAGUUGAAGAGUUCUAUAAAAAGAAACACUCUGGCCGUAAAUUGCAAUGGUAUCAUCACAUGAGCAAUGGUACCAUUACAUUUGCUAAUUCUGUGGGAAGAUUUGACUUGGAUGUCACUACCUUCCAAAUGGCUGUUUUAUUUGCUUGGAACCAGAGACCUUUAGAAAAGAUAAGUUAUGAAAACUUGAGACUGGCCACUGAGUUGCCAGACCCUGAAUUGAGGAGAACUUUGUGGUCUCUAGUAGCUUUUCCUAAACUUAAAAGACAGUUACUUUGUUAUGAACCAGCUGUACAGAAUCCUAAGGAUUUUGCAGAAAAUACAACUUUUUGGGUGAACCAGGAAUUUGCGCUUGUUAAAACGGGUAAACCACAGAGAAGAGGAAAGAUUAACUUGAUUGGUAGAUUACAGUUGAGCACAGAGAGAUCGCAGUUGGAGGAUAAUCAUUCCAUUGUUCAGUUGCGAAUUUUGAGAACUCAGGAAGCUAUAAUAAAGAUAUUAAAAAUGAGAAAACGCAUCACUAAUACAGCACUGCAGAGUGAGCUAAUCGAAAUAUUAAAGAACAUGUUCCUACCUUCGAAGAAAAUGAUAAAGGAACAGUUAGAGUGGCUUAUCGAACACAAGUACAUGCGCCGGGACGACGAAGAUAUCAACACCUUUAUUUAUAUGGCCUAAAAUUCCUUAUAUCACAAGCAUAAAAGAACAAAAUCAAUAAAUUAUUUACUCGUA